AUGCUCCGUCACGACGGUCGGCUCACCAAGAUUUGCACAAUGCACCCCGAGCUCGUGCCGCCAGCCGCUGAGCCUAUGGAGCUCUGUCCACCAGCUGCCCACACAGGGACCUUCGGGAAGGUGGACGCCGACGCCGGCGCAUAUCUGCCAGCACGCGUGGCGGAAGGGCUCAGCGCGGGCGCGGUCGCAGUGGGUGGCAGCGUAGAGAGCUCGGUGAAGGAGCACAGGGGCUCGCGCUGGUUUUGGAAGACGGCGAUGUAUGAGGUCGUCAUCCAUCUGGCCUCCAAAGACAUGUCGACUCUACUCUCCUUGAACCACGAUGUCUUCUCAGUCAUCCUCUCCUGCAUCACCGCCAAUGACGCUCUCCAUCUCGCCUUCACCUGUACCGCCGCAUACCCCCUCGCCAUGGCACGCGCUCUCGAAAAUACUGUCUUGGGCAAGGACAAAGAAUUGACGACACGUCGCAUCUCCCGCUUCCGAAGGUACAUGGUCGAACGAGAUCCGCGUAUGUCUAUGCCUCCUCGCGCCGAAUAUCUUCAAACCCUCGCCGUACGUCGCAUCGGGAACCGCGAGAGAGCCAUCGAUCACGUCGCCGAAGUCCUGCACCUCACGCGGAGGCUCCAAACGCUCACACUCUCGCACUCCAACGUAACUCUCCCUCGACCACACCUCGUCCAGGCUCUCCGUUCCAUGGAGCGCCUGACAGCGGUCUCUCUCGAUGGCUUUACUUUCGCCACUCUCCCGGCUCUAUUGGCGCUCCCAGAGACGGUGGAGUGUCUCUCAUUGAACUUCUCCGAUCACUUCACCGACCGGGACGCACUUCCAACCUUCCGAUCUCGCGCUCUAGUCGACGCGCUCGUUCCCUUCACUCGCCUCAAAACCCUUCGCGUCUCAAACGCCAGCAGGUACACGGUGGGACGUCUGGACACGCAAGAGGUGUACUACAGUGCGGUCCCUUUCACAGACUGGCCGGAGAGCACCCUACCUUCCGUUCGGCGCCUGGAACUCCGUCGUGCCGAAGGCUACGUGCUCGAAACUCUCGUGGCCGCAUGUCCCCGCGUUACCGACAUCUCCUUCGUCAUGUUCAACUGGAUAUACUCUUCGGACCUCAGCACCAUCGGCCCGCAAUGGCCUCCCCUUCGCUCAUUCCACUUCAAUGGGCUUUUCCAUUGGGACCCCUCUACCAUACAGCGCGUCAGCCGGAUAAGACGUCUCUUCCUCAGCAAUAUCCUCUGGGAGUUCUACACAGCUACGCUCCAGACGACAAGGCCCGUUGCCCGAUGUUUCCCGGAGCUGCUCCGCCAAGCGCGCCCCGUCGCACUCACGCUCGACAUGCCCCUCCUAUACCACACCGUCUGCGCGGUUCAGGAGGCCGAAUCGAUAUGGCAGUUCAUCGCGCGAGACGCGCCGAUGCUGCGCUCGCUCGAGCUGAAGAUGCGCAGGUGGUACGGCGAAGACGAGCAGCCGGACGACGACCAUGAGGGGUUCCUCUUUCUCCUCCCGGAGACGCUCGCGGCGCUGCCCAUCGUCCACCUCGGCAUCCGCGUGUGCGGCUCGGAGCCGAAGGAUCGUCCAAGGGACCCCGCGCUCCUGCUGGAGUACUGCGAGUCGGUCAGGAAGGCCCGCGCGAGCGAGGCGCGGCGGGAGCGGACCCUGGAGGAGGUCGUGAGACGACUUCCGGACGCGCUGCCGCAUUUGCGCCUCAUCAUGGUCGCGCACGAACAUCCUGCCAAGGUUCCGUCCUUGGACGAGGGUGGAGACACAGCAAAUGAGGAACAAAUCGACUCCACGACGGGCGGUCGUAUGCGGAAGAUGAAGGAGACGGAGAAGUGGAGGGCGCGGUGGUGGUGGGUGAGGCGCGAGGGGGAUGCGAACUCGAUGGUGGAAAUUUGGGACGUGCAUGGGGAGCAAGCGAAGGGGCUGGUCUGGGGCGAGGAGUACGAGCCAGAGACCACUCUUAAUGAUUUCUUUGCCCCCUUCCGACGUCAAUACGCCAUACAGGAGUGA